CUUCCAUGGCGUAGCUGGCUUGUUGUAGCGGUGCAUUUCCGAUAUGUCCUGCGCACCCACACCCAUGGAAGUCCAUAUCAGCGCCUCUCUGUCUGUCGCCGUAUUAAACGCCUGGCUCUCACGUGUCCAUACAUACAUCCACCAAUACCCACACCCACCACGAUGAAAAUGUCCUCGGCCUCCAGGAGCGACGGGAAGUCUCGCCCGCAGGCUUCGAGCGUCACGGAAGGGUUGUCAUCAAAGCGGUUGGUGAAGCGCGGCUCGUUUGGUAUCUGUUCGAGGCGAAAACCCUUGACUGAUCCAAACAACAGGGACGCAGUAGGUACACGUGUAUAGAGUAUAUCAUGAUUGAGAAGGGUGUUGGAAUGCCCUCGGAAAGUGCAGCCAAUGGACCUGUGAGGCGGUCCAUGGCAAAGGCUUCGUCAUUGGUGCCACUACAGACAGGCAAAUGGGGAGGGAGGGGGAUGUCCCGUUCGAUCCCACUUAUCUGUGCCCUUCCCUCCCUGCCUGUAGGACGAGUAGGGACGGUCAAGGGGUCCAAUCUUCUGAAUGCUUUUGCUGUUCUCGAGCUCGCGGUACACCUCUUUGAAAAACUCCUCCCCGCGGGAAGGGGAGUCACGCAGCAGUCGCUUUAGCAGCUCAAUGGCAAGGUUCUUGCGUCUGUAGCUGUUCUUUUUCGUCAUCGGCAGGGCGAAGAGGGCCGCGUCCUUCAGCAGAACUGUGCGACGUGCAGCAUACACAACCAAGCAUCGCUUAUUACUCCUCUCUCUGACGAAUGGCUUUGUCUGUCGACUCCCUGACCUACGUGUUUGGUAUCGUGUGCAAUCGUCCUCGCACAUUAACGGGCUCAGCCUGCUGCUGUUAAACUCUUUCAACGGCGGGAGGGGACGAGGCAUGGGACCUGCAUGAGCGCAUACAGGUGACGCCGACCGACACAUGUAGGGUCAAAGAAGGCAAGUGAGGAGGCAACCCCGUUGCGUGCAUUGUUGGAUCAGUGGGUGUCGUUAAGCGUGAUGUCUACCUGGCGGGAAGUCCUGAUGAAACAAAACAGAGAUAGCGUGCCAUCGGGCGACGAGAGGUGAGCGCGUGCAUGCACCCCUCCAUCUCCUCUAAUCCCUCCCUGCUCAUCUGCCUGUCUUACCACAACCUUGAAGCCGCCGUCAUUGCGGAACCUGGAUCCGAUAUAGAGCUGCACCCACACAUGCACAAACCAACAGGGACGGAUGUCACGCAGGCAGGCAGCUGUCUACCCUCUGCGUGUGAGAACCAAUGCCCCAAACACUUGAUACGCCCCUAAGUGUACUACCAGCACUAUUCACAUAUCCACAAACCUGUCUUGGACCGUUGCGGAGGUCCUCGUCGCCCUGCACUUUCACAAGGUCGGCAUGGCGCGUUGCGGUGGGCAGGUGGGAGCGGUGAGGCAGACUCAGAAUCCUUGUUGCGAGGGGCGAGACUACCUCUGCGCCACAAAAGAGGAGGAAACCGAGACAGCAAUGUAGUGGCUGUUUCACCGUAUCGUGCGUCCGACUCAGAUGGCUGCCUGCUUACGGGCUUUCAUUUCACGAGCCAGGAAGACCGAGGCAAUGGUGGCCAACGAGGCCAAGAGAGGGUGGAGGUUCGGCAUUCCGGAGGAGGUGUGCCGGACGUCACGUCAAGGUAGGAAACUGAGCAAUGCUGCACGGUUGAGCUGGCAGAGGCACCACAUCAUGCGAGGGGAAGGGGGGGCUGUAUGGGGUGGUUAUCAAGCAUUGCUUUUGCCCCCCACUCCUAUCGUUUGCCUACGUGUGGUAGCCGAAGAAAGUGUAAGAAUAGGUGGGAGAGAGUCGGGGAGAAUGGUCAAGAGAGGAUCUGCCGGGCGG